ACCCUCUCUCGGAAACUUCUCUUUCAGCCUCAUCCCGUGGCUCCCUAUCGCUGCCCUAUCGCCAUACUUCCCCUCUCUCCUCCCAUCAUGGACUCGAACGAGCCUAACGGCGUCCUAGACGACGCGUUGGCGCUCGAGAAGGUCGCCGUUGGUCCCUAUUGCGUAUUCGACGAUUUCCGCCCUACAACCGCCAGUCCGUCGGACGAGGUCCCCGGCUCGCCGAUCGAGCGGACAAACAACAUGGAAGACCCGAUGAUGUCCAACGAGUUCCCCUUCAGCGCCGGCAUGCGCGCGCCCUGGCUGAGCUCCGCUGCCGAGGACCUGUCCUUGGUUCAGACUGCCGACUCGUUCCCUCAGGGCAAUUGGGAGGAGUGGAUGCGUUGGGAUCCCAACUCCCAACCCCCGCUCCCGGCGGAUAUUAAUGCCCAGGGCCCCGUGUGCUUCUUCAAACCCGACAUGAAACAGGCUGCCUUCAAUCGGCAAACCUCGCAAGAGACGCAGCCACACGGCUUGCCCGCACGCAUGAACGACAUUCCUUUCUCCUUUGGCGAGUCGAUGGAUAACACUCCCGCCUUUGCCUUUGGCAACAAUGACCUGAGCUCGCCGGCAGUCACUGAAGGCCAGCAGCAGGGCAACUUCUUCAGGGACAACAACCCGGUGUGGACUGACAAUCAGCAAUUGGAGCACGGCGACAACGGCUUGUUCUCGCCGCUGUCAUUCGAUCAGAAUCAGGCCCAAGCAAUGUCUCGCCCGCCGCACUCGACGCCUAGCUUACACCACAGCCCCAGCUCCGUCAACUCGGGGACACACCCUCACACUAGCUCCUCGUCGCAGCAGUCCUCCCCCGAACCUUCGACGCACGGAAGCAGCAAGAAGCGGAAGUCGUUCAUCGAGGAUGAAUCGCCCGAGACGAAGAGCGGGAAGCAGCCUCCGGUUAAGAAGACGGCACACAACAUGAUUGAGAAGCGGUAUCGAACGAACCUUAACGACAAGAUUGCUGCUCUGCGUGAUAGUGUGCCCAGCCUUCGGGUCAUGUCACGUGCUAACCAUGGUGCCGGCUCCGAAGACGACCCGGAAGACCUCGAGGGAUUGACACCCGCACACAAGCUCAACAAGGCCACCGUCCUGUCCAAAGCGACUGAAUACAUUCGUCAUCUCGAGAAGCGGAACAAGCGCCUGAACGAUGAAGUCGAUACCCUCAAGGCCCGCCUGGAGUCGUAUGACAAAUUCGCCAUGACUACGCCAAUGACCAUGGCCACCUCGGUAAACACGCCUGAUGGAAUGCGAUACCAGCACGAGGACCCAUUUGCUGCGGCCGCCGCUCGCACUCAGCCCGUCUCCCAGGCUCCCGGCAUGAUUCCGGUCCCUGAGAGCAUUACCAACCUUCAGAUGCAGAACCAUUACGCGCAACAGCAAGGUGGUUAUCCUGUCUUCAGCCAGGCUCCGGGACGACAGGGCAUGCAAGCUCAGCACCAGCAACAGCAGCAGCAGCAGCAGCAGCAGCAGCAGCAACAGCAACAACAGCACAUGGUCAAUGGAAGGAGGAGCAACGGCAUGAUGAGUAAGCUCAUGGUGGGCUCUCUUGCGGGUCUGAUGAUUGUCGAAGGCUUCAAAGAGCACGAAGAGUCUGGCGAAAACACCGAAGGACGUGGGUUGUUUGCUCUGCCCGUCAGCCUGUUCGGUCGCUAUGGAGCUGCCAUGCUGCCGAAGUUUGCUGCCCACGGCAUGUCGACGGUUUACAGGUCGCUGCCUCUUAUCAAGCUUUUCCUUGCGGUCAGCGCUUUCCUUUACCUCAUCAUGCCGCUGCUGAACUCGAAGCCCAAGUCGAAGAAGAAGGCUAUUCCGUCGAUCAAGCUCAGCCCUGCACCUUCUCCCGCAUCCCCGGUCGAGGUUCGCCGCAAAGCUUGGCUCACCGCCAUUCAAACGGUGUGGGUCCCACGUCACAACUUCGUCUUGGAAGCUGCUGCCGUGUCCUUGAAGUUUGCCAAGCUUAGUCUGCUCAACCUCAUUGGCUGGAACAGGUAUGCCUCGCUCAUUGGUCUCACCAAGGAGCAAGAAGCGGCCAGAGUCAAGGCUUGGGAGAUCGCAUUGGACGCUCAACUUACGGGCGGCGAUGCGGAGAUCAGCAAGAGCCGACUCGUCCUGACCAUCAUGGCUUCUGGAACCCUGCCUGACACGCCCGCUCGCCUCAUGCUCAAGGCCAUGCACAUCCGCAUUCUUUUGUGGGAGAUUGCCAACGCAGGUUAUGGUUCUUGGUACAUGUUUGAGGAAGUCAGUGCAAAGUUGGCUCGGAAAUACUGGAACCAGGCGCGCAGCCACCAGAAAAUGCUGCAAAGUGGGGCUUCGCGCCCCGCGGAUGGGGAAACACUCCCGGAGCACUUGGCGUCCCUGCUGGAGCUCGAAUGUGACGACGUCAUGGUUGACAGGAUUGUGCAACGGGCGUACAACCUCGCUUGGAACAAGCCGAGCGCGGAGAACACCGAGGCUGACGAGGCCAUGGAUAGUGUGGUCGAGGACUUUGCCAUUUCCUCGCCUCUGGACGCUUUGGCUGCAUGGUACUCCAGCUUCGCUCUCAAUAGUGCCCUCGUGUCUCAUCUUGAGGACGGCGGAGUCAGUGAGGAUCUCGGUCUCGCGAUCCGCACCGCUCCUCCCAACUCUGUCUCUCAGGUCCGCGCGCUCGUAGCGAAGGCAAUCCUCGUCAAGGAAGAUCGCAACGCCAACAUCACGGUUGCCUUUGAUGCCCUGCCGUCGCAACCGCACAUCCCGGCACUGAAGAAUGCCAGGCUCUUCUCGCCCCGGGCUCUGCUCAUGAACGUUGUUGGCGAGGCGCCCAUCGCUGCUGACGUGCGCAAGUCCUUGACGCUGGUCAAGUGCCUUGGCCUCGCCGAGAAGUAUGGCGCCUCGGGGUCCGAGGAGGUUCGUGUCCGCGCGACUUUCGUCAUCAACAACACGUUCCUGCCCGACUCGUCCCUGACCCUGCUCAGCUUUGUGGCCGCGUACAAGGUUCUGCGGAUCUUCUCUGAGGAGGAGAGGCUGCUGGCCGAGUCGCGGCAGGGCCUGGAACGCAUUGCCAGCUCGAUGAGGGUCUGGAUUGGCCGGGAGGCCGGUCGCCGCAGCGGGCUGAGCAGCAAGACAAAGGGCAAGAUUGUCGAAUCAUGCCUGAGCGUCAGCAAGAUGCUUGUCGGCAUGCAGGACGACAUGAGCGAGGAGGGCGAUGCUGGGUAUGCCAGCCAGAGCGAUCACGAAAUCGACGUACGCAAGUACUGAUGAUUGAUUGGUCUGACGAUAGCGAUACAUGGCGUCCACGAAACAUUUAAAGAGGGGGAACAUGAUUAUACUUUUUUUUAUUCAGACAUGGGACUUCAACUGGGACAACGGUUUUUUUUUUUUUUU